AGGGAGUCGGGAUCAAUUAGUAGAUCCGAGCCACAAGAUAAGAAUGGCAGCCCAUGAAGCCAUUUAAGCACGAUCAUGUCCCCGUAACAGUGGUUUUACUGCCAUUUGGCAAGAUUACCUCUUUCUGCAUUGAAUAUGAGAAGUUCUGCCUUUCUUUGGACUCUUGCAAGCAGCGUCGGGUUACUCGAAGCAGUACCCCUCAACUCCCCUUCUAUCACGUUUAUAUUUCCCUCAAAAGUCAGUCCCGGCAGCGCACAAAAUGUUAUUGUAGAAUACACCGGUGAUGUUAACGGGCACUUGACUUUGACUUAUGGGGCAUGCAGUGAUAAUGCAACUCUCGCACAGGCCAAACACCAUAUCGGGUCAACGCACGUUGGCGAGCAUCCUCUGGCUAAGCGCCAUCUGGAUCACCAGGACAAGCGGCCAACGCGGUUUGUCUGGUUGACACCGGAGGGGCUGUCUAGUGGUUGUCUCAGUGCCUUCUUGGACGACGAACUUAUCGGCCAGUCUGACGAGCUCGACAUUGUCAAGCGCCUUGCACGUCGAAGCGAAAAGAAGAAGUCAUUUGCGGACGUUGCCGGUGAUGACAGUUUGUGGUUUGACGGUGUUUCGUAUUUCAAACAGAAACAGCCUGAUGAAGUGUUUGUUACCGCAACGAAGAACAAGACCUUUGGCAUCUUGGGUGCCGGCAUGUCUGGACUUUUAUCCUCGCUCAUUCUUGACUCUGUCGGCAUCCAUAACUGGAAGAUUCUCGAGUCUUCUGAGCGCAUUGGAGGGCGUAUUAGGACUGUUUACUUGAACGGCACCUCGCCAGAAGACGGCCAAUACCAUGAGCUAGGACCCAUGAGGUUCCCGUACGAGAUCACAGAUUCGGAGACAAACGAGACAUUUCCUUUCAUGGGUCAGCGAAUGAUCUUCCAGCUCGCUGAUGUUCUCAACGAAAUGAACGCAGGCAACAAAUCACUUCAAGUCGAGUUCUGGGACUGGAUCCAAAGUUCACCAAAUACACCUGUCGAUACACCUUUCCGACGUCCAGAUGGUACAUGGCCUACCAAGGCUGAAGUAGCGAAUGACCCGGCAUAUUACAAUGCGCCUGUCUACCAUAAUGCUACAGCAGCUGAGGAAGCUAUAGAGGCUUUGGAUGACUUCAAAGGCCUUACUCGGGAGCGUAUCCGUAUGUAUGCCUCAAAUAUCUUCAAAGCGUAUAAGCAAGCGAAGGAAGAUGGCUCAUUCGACUAUUCUGAGGUAUCUUACCUUCGCGACGUGAUCAAGACAGACCUCAACACCACAGAUGAAGUCUCUCCCUCUCAUAUCUAUUGGCCUAUGUGGGAGUACGAAACCAUUUACUUCCUCGCUAGCAAAUGGGUCACUAUCAAAGGCGGUCUGAGCCGAUUACCUGCUGCGUUUGAGCCGCACGUGAAAGACCGAGUUCAGUACAACGCCAAAGUGAACGGUCUGCACUAUAACAAGAAUAACACUCUGUCCGUGUCUUGGAAACCUACUGGCUCUGAACCUUUCAGUAAGCCGAAUAAUGUUGAGAACUUCGAUUAUAUACUCAACAGCAUACCGCUCAACUUGAUGAAGUUUUGGAAGAUGCCACGAUACUCAAGUCUUCUCAAGCGUGCCAUUGAUAGAACGCUGUAUGCCAAUGCUUGCAAGGUUGUUGUUCAGUUCAAGACACGAUUCUGGGAACAUCUCGAUCAGCCUAUCAUUGGCGGUUGUACUCGCCUGACCAGCCCUCAACUAGGCCAGGUCUGCUAUCCCUCAUGGCACAUCAACUCCACAGGUCCCGGAACAAUGCUAGCAUCUUAUCUCUCUGACUACGAAGCAACAGCUGCCUGCGCCAUGUCUGAAGAAGAACACCUAGCCUACAUCAAGAACUCUCUCAUCGAAGUUCAUGGUGAUACUGUUGAAGAGAAUUGGACAGGUAAUUGGGCGCGUCAAUGCUGGGUUAAAAUUGUCAAAGAUUGGAUGUCGACAAACUCUAGUGUUGACAUCUUCCAGAACUCUAAGCAGCAACCAUACUGCAAAAAUUUCACGGAAUGA